UUUUUGUGUGAUGGCGACCAAAACAUUUCAAGGAAAGCGCAUUUUGUACAAAAAUCUAGGCAAAAUUAAUUACAUUGAUGGUUUAUUAGCCAUGAAAGAAAUUGCAAACUUACAGUUCAAAGCCAUGAAGAUGAACUAUCAACCCCCAAAUACUUUGUUGUUAUGCGAACAUUUCCCGGUCUAUACCACCGGUAUUCGAGACAAAAAAAGUGAAGAAGACGUCAAACAUUUAAGAAAAUUAGGCGCCGAAUUCCAUUACACUAAUCGCGGAGGACUCAUAACCUUUCAUGGACCAGGACAGUUGAUGUGUUAUCCAGUCCUUAAUUUAAAAUGUUUUACGAUGAGCGUUCGAUGUUACAACGAAAUGUUAGAAGAGGUUGCAAUAAAGACAUGUAACAGAUUUGGUGUAACUGCAAGAAGGACUGUUGAUCCUGGAGUUUGGAUCGACAAUAGCAAGAUAGCUGCAAUCGGAUUUCAUGUCAGUCGUUGGAUAACAUCCCAUGGAUUAGGAUUAAAUUGUAACAUUGAUCUAGAUUGGUUUGAUAAUAUUGUUCCAUGUGGUUUAGUUGGAAAAGGUGUAACAUCUCUUUCUGUUGAAACUUGGAAGAACAUCACUGUUGAAAAAGCUACUGGACCUUUCCUUAAUGCAUUUCAAGAGGUUUUUGAUUGUGAAUUGACAAACAAUAAUGAAAUAGACCUUAAUAAUAAUGUGUGACAUAAAGCCAUUAAAGAAUUAAUCUUUAA